UCUCCGGUUGGCUACUGGAUUCUUGGGACCAGGAAUGUCGCAAUAUCCCACCAGUCAGACCAUUCAGGGACAGCACAAGCCAGGACUGUGGAACGCCAUCAGCGGUGGAGACCCAUCCAGGACCAGUCAUUCUGCGGCGAAAGUCUCAGAGUUGGUGGGCAUCCAGCCAGGUAUGGAGGGUGGGAGCAGGUUGAUGACUAG